ACAAGUGACAAUGUUGUAAACAUAACCUACAAAUUGUUGAAGUCGACAGAGAACUUGUAAUGAGAAAAUGGUACUUCUUUACAGAACAUUAUGUGCAGCAAAGGAAAUAAAACGGCCUCGUAGUUUUCUUCGAACUAAGUUUAUUGAUUCUGUCAGACUUCACGUAAAGGGAGGAACAGGAGGUACUGGUCUUCCUAAGUACGGAGGGCUAGGAGGCCAAGGAGGAUGUGUUUACUGUAUCGGCAAUGAGACAUCCAACCUCAAAAAUAUUAUGAGCAAGUACCGCGGGAAGACUAUCAGCGCAGGGCAUGGCGAGGAUAGCCGCAAAACUAAGAUAGUCGGCACUCCUGGAACCGAUGUGAAACUAGAGGUUCCGCUUGGCGUCACAGUGUACAGGGAAGACGGACAAGUUUUAGGCUCUGUUGACAAUGAAGGAGAAACAAUAAUACUAGCCAGAGGAGGUCCAGGUGGUAAUAAGGAAAACAAUUUUCUUGGACACUAUGGACAAGUUCACCAUGUAAGGUUAGAUUUGAAACUAAUUGCCGAUGUAGGUCUUGUCGGGUUUCCAAACGCUGGCAAGAGCUCCCUGCUGAAAGCUAUUUCAAGAGCCAAGCCUAGAAUAGCUAAUUACCCUUUUACAACAAUAAAACCAAACAAAGGUAUUAUCCAAUAUGAUGAUCAUAGGCAGAUAUCAAUAGCCGACUUACCCGGGCUCAUAGAGGGUGCUCACAUGAAUAUUGGCCUUGGUCAUAAAUUCCUGAAACAUGUUGAGAGGACUAAGCUGCUGCUAUUCAUAGCUGAUGUGCAAGGCUUCCAGUUGAGUCCUAAACACCCAAUAAGAUCAUGUUUAGAAACUGUCCUGCUUCUUAAUAAGGAGUUAGAACUUUAUGACCCAGAAUUGUUAGAGAAGCCUGCAAUUUUAGCUAUUAACAAAAUGGAUGUCGAAGGUGCAGAUCAGAUCUUUGAGAGUAUAAAGGACUCAUUUCGUGAUAUAACCAAAGUAAUAGAAACAGUGCCUGAAGAAAUACGUCCUGAAAAGGUUAUGUCUUUUGAAGAUAUUCUUGGUAUAUCUGCUCUGAAAAGGGGUGAAAGUAUAGAAAAACUAAAGUUGUCUUUGAGAAAGAGAUUGGAUGAAUUUGCUGAUGAAAAUGACCCCAACAUUGUAGAAGCUAAUAAAUUGUUGAAAAAGAAUAGAGCCAUGAUAACAGAAAAAGGACCUCAAGUUACCUGAACAAAGUAUAAGUUUUGGUUUAUUUGUAUUUUUACUGUUAGUUAUAAAUAAAACACAAGGAAUACACCAAUGUUUAUGAUUUAUUGAAACAUAAAUAAAAGCUCCACAAUGAUACUUAA